CGCCGGAGACCCUCGGCGCGGCCUGGUUGCCGAGGCGACCGUUGGGCUGCGGCCGCUGCCGCAGCAGCGAUGGAGGGUCCUAGAGGCCGCUGAAACACCGCGUAGGAGCGACGGUCGCGACAAUGUCACACGAAGGCUCGAGGCAGGCGCGAGACCGUGGGGUGACCCGAUCCAAGGCGGAGAAAGCCCGGCCGCCCACCCAGCCCGUGCCGCAGGUGGACAUCGUGCCUGGGCGGCUCAAUGAGGCGGAGUGGAUCGCGUUUACGUCCCUGGAGGAGGGCGAGGACGUGGUGGGGGACAUCUUGGCCGACCUUCUCGCUCAAGUCAUGGAGUGUGUCUUCAAAGUUUACCUGACCCAGCAGUGCGUCCCAUUCACCAUUAGCCAGGCCCGGGAGGCCAUGCUGCAGAUUACUGAGUGGCGCUUCCUGGCCCGGGAUGAGGGAGAGUCCGCAGUGGCCGAGGACCCCACGUGGGGCGAGGACGAGGAGCCCCUGGCAUGCACCACGGACGCCUGGGCCCAGGGCUCCGUGCCUGUCCUGCACGCACCGGCGCCCGACGGUGCGGAGGAGCACUCCCAAGGCGAAGAACCUGGGGACCCGGACCAGUUCCUUUCAGGGUCGCCGUGGUCGGACAGAGAGUCCCAGGAGCCGACGCAGUCUUCAGAGCCAUCCGAGUCCAGGGGCACCCGGGGACCCACGCCCAUCUUCGAGACGUCCCAGGAAGCAGAGCCUGAAGACGCCCUCGAGGAACCCGACGGGCAGGAGAGCAGCCACACACUGGCUGUGUCCUCGAAGGAGUCUCUCCAGACUCACACCUCGGCCAGGUCCUCGAAGGAGUCCCUGGUCGCGCACGCCCACAGUCGCCAGCCGUCCCUGGGGCUGCCCCAGGCCGGGCCCCCGGCGUUUUCGGUGAAGGAGCUCUACCAGUGCUUGCUUCAGCCCGACGGGGCGGGGGACCGGUCGGACCUCGCGGGCAAGGGCCGGCCCCGCGCCUUCUCGUCGGGGUCCGUGUCCCUCCUCCGCGCGCUCACCCCGGAAUGGAACUCCGGGUCGCCGCAGUCCGACAGGCCGCCGAGCCGCAAGAUGCCCAUCGUGCGCCUGGACCCCGCGCGGCUGCCCCGCCGCUGGGUGCGCCCGGUGGCCGAGGUGCUGAUCCCCGACGCCGAGGUGCGCGCCUUCGAGAUCUACCGCGGGCGCCCGCGGCGGGAGCGCAGCCAGGCGGGCGCGCGGACGUCGGCGCCCGGCCCCGGCCGCGGCUCGCGCGCCCCGCCGCGCCAGCCUCUCCCCGCCCCCAGGCCCGCCCUGCCGCAGCGCCCCCCGUUCGGCGCGCGCGGCCCCGCCUCCGUUCCGCGCCUGGCCCAGUCCUCGCCUCCCUUCGGGGCGAAGCUGCCCUUCCUCAGCCCCGGCUUCCGCUUCCUCGCCGGAAACCCGGUCCCUCCCGAGCUCUCCUGCACCGCCAGCCCCAAACUGUGGCCCCGCGCGCGGUGGCCGAGCGGCUGGGAGCGGGAGGCGGAGCAGCUGGGCGACCUGUGGGCCGGCCGAACUCGGGUGGCCGCGCAGCCCGAGGACGCCGCGGCUGACGACGCCUCGGACGACUCCGGCUGGCCCCUGCCGGUGCCCCAGGUCCUCGAGCCCACGUUCCAGGUGCUAUGGAAGCCCAUGGUGUAUUCAGAAACCAUGAAGCUGGUUCCCGGUGUGAGUAUGUGGAACCGGGGCACCCAGGAGCUGCUCACCUCCGCUGCCACCCAGGAGGAGGCUGACGCCGAACAGCAGCCCAGCCAGGCGGGGGUGUCCAAGCCCCAGGUGAUUAUGACACCGCUGAUAAAGAAAGAAGCCCCCAAGGCCUGACUGCGCCCCGCUAAGCCUGUGCCCCACGCUGGGUCCUGAGCCUCCGCGCUGGGAAGUGGACCUUGCCCAAAAUAAACAUGCUUUGCGGCAGGA